GCGGAGAGCUGCAGCCUGUCAUUGGGCUGGGAGCAGGAGAGAGCUGUGUGUCUGGGUGGGAGAGUGGAUCCCAGGGAUCUGCCGCCAGUGUGCUCCCUGCAUGCACUGCACCUGAUCCCUCACACUGUAUCCAUCCUCCACAGCCAGCCUUCCCCUGAUGACUGCAGAGGAGGAAAUGGAAGCAACAGUGUAACAGAGCUGUGUGCCGUGCAAUGGGCUGAUACAUUCACCAGACAGAAGCCAGCAGCGUCUCAGCACUGCACAGCCAGGGAACAGGUUCCACUAAUCAGACAGAGAAGAAAAGGCGACGGAGAGCCAAUUGUCCGAGGGAUGAGGAGCAGCUGGCAAAAGUAGACACAUACCGAAAAUUUACACAGGGUUCACCGCAGUAUCCACUAUGACGGAUGGGGACUAUGAUUAUCUGAUUAAGCUCCUGGCCCUCGGAGACUCCGGUGUUGGAAAGACCACAUUCCUGUACAGAUACACAGACAACAAGUUCAACCCUAAAUUUAUUACAACAGUUGGAAUAGACUUUCGGGAAAAACGAGUGGUUUACAGUAAUGCGGCACCAGGUGGCACACACGGGAAGUCCUUCAAGGUGCAUUUACAGCUCUGGGACACAGCUGGACAAGAAAGGUUCCGGAGCCUCACCACGGCGUUUUUCAGGGAUGCGAUGGGUUUCCUAUUAAUGUUCGACCUCACCAGUCAGCAGAGCUUUCUGAAUGUCCGGAACUGGAUGAGUCAGCUUCAAGCAAAUGCUUACUGUGAGAAUCCAGAUAUUGUAUUAAUUGGAAACAAAGCUGACCUGUCAGAUCAGCGAGAGGUCAACGAGAGGCAAGCAAAGGAGCUUGCCGAUAAAUACGGCAUUCCAUACUUUGAAACCAGUGCGGCAAUCGGACAGAAUGUGGAGAAAUCCGUUGACACCCUUCUGGACCUGAUAAUGAAACGCAUGGAACAGUGCGUGGACAAGACCCAAGUACCUGAAACUGCCAAUGGAGGAAACUCUGGAAAAUUAGAGGAUUCAAAACCAGGAGGAAGAAAGUGCGCCUGUUAAAUAAGAAACAGAAGAAACACGAAACAAAUAAAAGUAACACACGCAGACUGUGAGAACCUGGUACAGCUAACGUGCAGCGGCUGAUAAACCACCACAAUGCCCCCUGGUGGCCAGUGUCUGCUUUGCAGCCAUUCACAGCUACAUACCAUUAACAAUGGAAAAAAAAAUAUCCUAUAAAAAAAAACACGUCCCACCCCCACCCCCACCCCUACACCUUCUUGCAUUGUUAUGGUAUGCCAACAUCUCUUGUGAAGAAGUGUUAAUCUUAUAUAUUUAUACGCAGCGUAAAUGAUAAAGAGAAAUAUGUUUCUUACAGAAAAAAAAUGGUGACUGGUUAAAAAAAAAAGAAAAAGAAAAAAAAGAGGGGGGUGUUUUAUUUUGUUUUGAAUCAUGCGAUGUAGAUUUUUCGGUUGGAUUAGGUAUGCAAGUCGCUAAAGUGUCAUUGCGAGCACGUCGCUGAAUUACGCAAAACGGGCUUUCGACCUUGUGCUGUUUACAUUUCAGGAGCUCCCCAUUCUCUGUAAGCGGACGAUGAGACGUUUAGCUGUCUACCAAACAUUUUGUGGAUUAUUCUGAAGUAUCUUAUGUCUUAUGUUAUUGCUUGGCGUGUAUGUGUUACUGCCGGUGAAACCAACUAGUGUUCAAAUCAGGGAUUCACUUAGCCCAUCUGUUUAUGUUAGGAUUGGGCGGUUUUACCACCGGGCCUUCGAUGUGUAUGGGGUUUUUGUAAAUAUCGGUUCUUGGUUUCUGUAAACUAACUCUUCGCUCUGGUGACGCAGUCACUUUGGGGUUAUCCUAUAAUACGGAGUCAUCUGAAGCUGAUCUUAAAAAUGUCUUUGAAGGAACUAUACAGUUUCACGCCACAUUCUAAUAAUAAAAGAGGUUCUGAUCCACAGGUAGGCGCAUUGCCGAUGUCUGACGCGGUGGAGCGAUGUUUUGCAAAUGCGCUUGGGCGAAAACACCUACGGCGCAUUCCUUACCCUGAGUGUACGCACAAAGCAUUUGCAUAUUAGCGCCGCCGUGGCUCCAGCAUCAACGCUAGAGCAGACUCAGCAGCCUUCACCUCUGGAUCACGUCUAGCUUGAUAAUUUCCUCUUUUUUUUUUCUUUUUUUUUAUAUCGGACAACAUAUGUAAAACAAAUGACUGCAAAGGGUUCAUAACAAUUGUUUAUUGUAGGGUUAUCAAAUUCACACCCACAUUAUACAAUAUGGCGUACAAAGGAGACCAACCCCAAAGACAGCGAUACAAUUCUUACUCAUGUAUAGAUUUUGCCCCAAUCCUUUCUAUUUUGAGAGCAUACAAUAAAUAGUCUGUGUUUCAUGUUCGUUCACUAGUGUGAUCCUAACGAAGUGCCAUGGUUAUGCCAGUCAUGAAAUUGAGGCAGCCAAGUGAUGGGAAUCCGUGCCAGGGCUCAUGCAUGAUAGUGGGCGUGGUUAUGCUAAAUAGCGGGAUAUCCAGGAUGUUUCAUAAACUUGGAAGAGAACAGAAAAAGAAUGGCGGCUGCUUUAUAAUAAUCCUGUCAUACACACAGGCAUCAUCACUGAGUUUCCUGGUUUUGGCACUGUGAGGAGAACUGCUAAACAUUUCAGUAAGGAAGACAAAGCCAGGGCAGUGUGGGGAAAUCAAGGGGUCAUUUUAAAUGGGAAAAAUAAUUAUCCUGACAAUACAAAAUUUCAAGCAUUCUUGAUAAUAAAUUCAUUACCUAUAUUUCAAAAUUGACGGAACACAUAUAGCUUGAACACAGUAUAUAGAGACGUAUUUUCUGGGCUAAAUCAAUUCACUGCCUCAUAAAUAUCAGUCCUGAAGUGCCUCAACUGGUUCCUAGUACGUUGAUAGGUUGCAUUCUCAUGCAGGUAGAUCCAUCUAACAAAAUGGCUGCCUGCAUUGUGAGAGGGCGACAGAAACUGUUGAUUACAAAGAUACUAGUUUUAUAAUCUGGCAAGUGCCAUAACAUAACAUGACCGGCUGCGAGUUUGUGUCUUUGUAGAAGACAGACUGUGGUCUGGCAGCCAUGCUUGUUUUCCCCUCCAGAGACCCCUUGAAAAUGAGAUUGUGAUUGGCAGAUGAACAGCUAAGAAAAAGGUUCAUCAGAUGUAUGAUUAAAAGGUGCUUAACUUUAUUUUUAAAGUAAAAAUAUCUAUGUGGGAUUACUGCUUUUAAUAUAUUGAUCUGUAAAUAAUACUUCAAUAUGACCUGUUUGCAGUUACCAAGGACUACAUGUGAGAUACUGGGUUUUAGAGUUAAUGUUUUUAGUAAACAAAUAUAUCUGCCUUUAAAUAUAGCCGAAAAAAUGUAUUAAUCUGGCAAGAAGAAAUUGUAUUCCGUCCCUCAGGAGGAGAUGCGUCAAAGUUUGAAGAGAGGUAACAUACCAGCCAAUCAGCUCCUGUCAUUUUUCAAACACAGCCUAUAAAAUGGCAGGAGCUGAUUGGUUGGUACUUUAUCUCUCCAAGCAUUGAUAAAUCUCAGCCUGUUACCAAUUGGUUUUUAGAAGAACUUUGUUCAGAGUCGUUUUCCUGCUUGAUCAAUAGCUUUAAUACCAAACCGGUGGUGAUUGAUAUUUCUUCCUUCAGUGAUUAAAAUGCACCCACAAAAUGCCGAUUAUGAAAAGAGUGCCCCCCUCCCAAAAAAAUUCAAAUAAAAUGGGCUACUAAUAUUGUGAAAAUGUAAAGUUCUUAUUUUUGUGCCAAUAUAUAGUAUGAAUGUCAUAAAAAAAUCUAUGAAGUAA